AGUAAGUUACGUUUUGCUAUGUCACGCCGAGGAAGUUUCAGACCAGUUUAUUUUUAGCAAACUUGAUUCGUGAGAACACUGAAACACAUGCUGCCGUGUACGCGAUCUGAAACGAGUCUGCGUCGCGCUUUUUAAGGAGGAAUUUUAGGUAAUUUGUGAACCGUUAUUACUGUAAAGCUAACAGUGAAGUGAAGCCAGGAGCCUCAUGUUUUCGUUAAGCCAAGAGGAGCACUGCGCCCCAUCCAUAGACCUAGUGAAAUACGGAGAGCUGGUGGUUCUGGGGUACAAUGGCUCGCUGCCCAACGGAGAUCGUGGUAGACGGAAAAGCAGAUUUGCUCUAUACAAGAGAAUCAAACCCAAUGGUGUAUCACCAAGCACUGUGCACGUCCUCAAUACACCCCAGGCCACCAAGGCCGUGAGCUGUAAAGGUCAGCACAGUAUCUCCUACACGCUAUCGAGGAACCAUACCGUAGUGGUAGAGUACAGCCAUGAUAAAGACACAGAUAUGUUUCAGAUUGGGCGUUCUACUGAGAGUCCCAUAGACUUUGUGGUGACUGAUACAAUAGCAGGGGGUCAGGAGGGUGAAGAGACUCUUAUCACGCAGAGUACCAUCUCUCGUUUUGCCUGCCGAAUUGUCUGCGAACGUACCCCGCCUUACACCGCUCGCAUCUAUGCAGCCGGAUUUGAUACGUCCAAAAACAUCUUCCUUGGGGAAAAAGCUGCAAAAUGGAAAAACCCUGAUGGUCACAUGGACGGCUUAACAACCAAUGGUGUGCUGGUAAUGCACCCUAAGGGGGGAUUCACUGAGGAGUCCAAGCCCGGCGUGUGGAGAGAGAUCUCUGUUUGUGGUGAUGUUUACACGUUGAGAGAGACCCGCUCAGCACAGACCCCAGGCAAACUGGUGGAGAAUGAGAGCAAUAUUCUACAGGACGGCUCCCUGGUGGAUCUGUGUGGAGCAACGUUGCUGUGGCGUACUGCUGAAGGCCUCUUCCACACUCCCACGCAAAAGCACCUGGAGGCACUCAGGCAGGAGAUCAAUGCAGCGCGCCCCCAGUGCCCUGUGGGCCUCAAUACCCUCGCCUUCCCCAGCAUGCACCGGAGUCGUGCCCUUUCAUCUCUGGAAGACAAGCAGCCUUGGGUGUACUUGGCGUGCGGUCACGUGCACGGUUACCACAACUGGGGCCACCGUUCAGAGCAGGAGGCCAACACUGAGCGAGAGUGUCCCAUGUGCCGGGUGGUGGGGCCCUACGUGCCACUGUGGCUGGGCUGCGAGCCGGCCUUCUACGUGGACACAGGUGCACCCACAUACGCCUUCGUGCCAUGCGGACACGUGUGUUCAGAGAAGUCGGUCAAGUACUGGUCAGAGAUCCCUCUGCCCCACGGCACUCACGCCUUCCACGCAGCCUGCCCCUUUUGCGCCACCCAACUUGGCCCAACUCAGGGCUAUUCCAAGCUAAUCUUCCAGGGUCCGGUGGACUGAGUUUAAGGGGUAUUGCUCUGGCUGAGGAGAUUAAACAGGAAUGCUGACAUGCAGUGAAAGAUUAUUUUGUGCUUUCUUUCAUUUAUGUAAGCCAGCUCUGGAACGAAGCGAGCCUUUUUCAGGUUCUGGUCAUGUACUGUGGAUUGACAAUAGAGAGCCAUUACAGAUUGUUCGGGGCCUUUUGUGGCUGUUUGGAUGGCCACUGCAGGAUGCAGAGAUGUGAAGCACACUGGACCACAGACGCACGGCUCCUCCAGAAUUAAAUACUGUUUUAGCUAUCCUGCCAACAAACCUCUUUAAACAAGGCUCCAGUGCUGGGCUGUAAACUACAAUGCCUGCUGGUUUUCCAUCAGAGGGCUGUAACACUAAGGUUGUAGAAGGAAUGAGUUGAAUUUACUCAUGAAUCAGACUGAACCAAAUUAUAGCAAGCAGGUGUAGUUGAGUCUUCUGGGAAAUAUAUGGGGUGGGGUGGGGGAGGGUAUAUAAUUCAGUUCCUGGUGGGCCUGAAACCAAGAUUUUACAGAGCCAGACAGCUGGACUGUUGGCUGAGAGAAAAGCUCGGAGAAGAUGGAAGUUUUAAUAGUUAACUUGUUAAAUGGUCUACACUGAUGUCCUGGUCCUUAACCCGUAACGGCAUCAACACCUUGUAGCUCUCCGGAGGCGGUUUCUAACUGCCGAACAAACUUUGAGGGAGAGUUGGGGGGUGGGUGGGAAGACUUUUUAUGUACAGAGAUAUAAUCCAGUGCCUCAAAUCCCAUCAAACUAUGGGAAUAUUUUUCAUAGUUGUCAAAAAGAUAUUUUGUUGAAGGUAAAGAGAGAGAUAGUUUUGCAUACAGAAGGUGUAAGAAAAAUAACAACCCACACAGAUUCUAACACCAGAGGUAUUUUAUUACACUGAGGCCCUUGUACUGUUUUGUAAUGCAAAUGUUAAUAUAUUUUUCUCCAGCAUAUAUAAUGUGUGUGAGAAUGCUUGAGCGUAUGUGUGCGUGCAUGUUUGUGUGAUUGUGUGCGUGUGGAUUGGACUGCGUGGGUGCCCUCGGGCCGUUAAAAUCACCCUGCAUCGCUUCACCCCGAUCCCCAAAAACGCUACCAGAGAGAACGCGGGAUUUAACACAAGGUCGCAGGGGCUUGACAAUGAAUGUACUGAAAUGCAUUGACCCUUCUCGCUGGUGGUGCUUUGAUUAUACAACUUGCUUUCAAGGUGUGAUCGAAGCCUGCUUUCAGUUAAAUAAAUCGCCGGAGCCGUACAACCAUAUGAAUCAAGCGUACCUGCUUGCUUGCUAGCUGUCACUGCCCCACACAAACACACACACGCGCACACACACACACAGACACACACUGUAUUCAAUCUGCACUGUUGUUAGCUUUAUCCCCACGCUGGGUUUGAUCCAAUGAUUUGUACGCUGUCGAACCUGGGCACAGUCUCAGCAGCAUCCAGAGAUUAUACCAAAUAUAAGGAGGAGCUGUUUUCUCUCCACAUGCAAGAUGCGACGGCCACUUUUUCCUCCAAUCCAAAGUGUUUCUGUAAACAAUGCUACCCCCAAACUGCUGCUGCUGCUGUGGUGGUGGAAUGUUGACAGCUCUGGAUUACAGUCAAGGCUGUUCAGUCGCUUCAUGGGAACAAUGAUAUUAUCACACUCUGUGCCAAAUUUGGUAAGUUCUAUUGUGUGCGGAUGAGUCAAGUUGUCCAAAACAAAAGUAGCAGAUGAAUUGAAAACUGAAGAAUCUGGGACAAAUCUGUCUGUGAUGUUAGCUUUCCAGACUGUGCCCAAACGAGUGUCGUUUCCAACAUUAGAUUAUGAAAUACAAUAGUGAGCAUUAAAACAAUGAGAUGUUAAGGGCGAUGUUCUAUUAUAUAGCAUUAGGUUUUCCCAGACUUUAUUAUGAUGAUUAAAAAAUUUCAGAGGUAUAUCUGAGGCGGGGGAAAUCUGCCUUUGUCCUCGACAUGGUAUUUUUACUUUAUUUUAUUUUUUUCUUUCCGCUUCCCUCUGAAGAGAAACAUAUUUGGCAUUGUUAAGAAUGUCAGCAGCAUUACACUUUUCCUCUAACCACAGAGCAUUUCAGACUCGCCUGAUUUCUGCUGAUGUUAUUUAACUGCCAUGCUGGGUCAAGCACUAGGCCACAUACUGUACGGUAGCAUUCCCUUCUAACCUCAUGUGCGUUCGGCUCAAACACUGUGUCCAUUGCUUAAGACCGUGUUCUGUAACAGCUGCAAGAGUAGCUGCCUCAAACAUUCCUCCUCGGUAAACAUGGGUGGGGCCCACAGUUCACCCAAGGGCUUGUUCUAUGAUUAUUAUUAUUUUUGUGUCUCUAGCAGGAACUCUGUACACAAGCCAUAGAACGCACUGAUGCUCCUAAUGUCUCCUUUGCAAAGAAUAAAAUAUUUUUUAA